AUGGCCCAACUGAAAGUCCUCGUCUGCGGCGCUGGCAUCGCCGGUAACGCCCUCGCAUUCUGGCUCUCAAAGCUCGGCCAUGAAACCACCGUCAUCGAACGUUUUCCAGGUCUUCGCGUCACAGGACUACAGGUAGACCUUCGAGGACCUGGGAUCCAGGCUAUGCGAAGAAUGGGCCUCGAGGAAGCCUUUCGCGCUCGUUCAGUCCCCGAACAAGGUCUGCAGCUUGUCGAUAGGAAGGGCAGAAGCUGGGGAUACAUCCCGGCCAACCGGUCUGGGAAAGGAUUGCAGAGCUUUACUACCGAUUUUGAAAUCAUGAGAGGCGAUUUGUGUCAGCUUCUAUACGACCAUUGUAAGGACCGGGUCAGGUAUCGGUUCGGGAUGUACGUAAGGGAUAUUUCGCAGACAGAGGAAUACGCGGAAGUACACCUCUCUGAUGGGAGCAGGGAGAGGUUCGAUCUUGUUGUAGGGGCGGAUGGUGCCGGGUCUCAUAUGCGGAAGAUGAUCCUCGGCCCCGAUGUGGCAGACCCCGUUCACCCUCUGGGUGCAUAUGCGGGUUAUUUUACGAUUCGGGAGCCUGUCACGGACGGUGAGGGAUACAACGCCACCAUCUUUAUGGCUCCAGGGAGCAAAGGCAUUAUGACUCGUCGAGGUCACCCCGACAAGUACCAGGCGUAUAUGUUUUGCAAUCCAAAUACCUCGCAGCGGCUUAGGAGUGCCAGCAAGGGCGAUAUUGAUGACGAAAAGCAAGGGCUGGCGGAGGCGUUCAGUGGCACCGGGUGGAAGACGAACGAAAUUCUCAAGGGGUUGGCCAAUGCUGACGACUUCUAUUGCGAGCGGAUGGCCGUUGUUACGAUGGACCAUUGGUCCUGUGGCCGUAUCGCUCUACUAGGGGAUGCCGCCUACUGUCCGACUGCCAUGACAGGCAUGGGCACCACCUGUGCUAUGGCUGGCGCCUACGUUCUGGCUGGUGAGAUUUUGAGACACUGUGGCAUGAGUGUCAAAGGAGAUGACCUAAACGCCGCGGGCUCCAAGGACAGCAUCACGACUGCGUUGGCUACGUACGAGGGAAAGCUCAGACCGUUCAUCAAUACAGUCCAAAGAGGACUCACGGACAGUGAGGACUACAUGAGUAAAUUUCCAUCGUCACCCAUAGCAGUUCAAAUGAUGUAUAUCUUAUUCUGGGUUACUUCUCUUCUAAGGCUCGACUUGCUCGCCAAAUAUAUUUUGCGCGAAGACACCAAGGGUUGGAUGCUUCCGGUGUACAAAGACAUGGAUUUUGUUUCCGGUUGAGAAUGGAUAAGAAUGCAGUUUUUCGCCAGUGUCCUCCCCCAUUGUGUUCUUAUUCCAGGUUAGAUUCC